GGAAGCCAAACAAGGUGGGGACCAAGAGAGGGUCUCGCAACUCAAGACAAGACAACUGCUACGUUUCAUAAAGAAUACCUCCUACUCACUACCGAUUCAUUUACUAGUCCAACCCCUGAUUGAUCUUCGUGCGCUCUUAUUCCUCGUCUUAUUCGGCCGCUUGUUGUGUGAUUUCUUACUUAUCACUCCUGGUCUGCUAAUCCCGUACUAAACCCCUCCUCACCCCUCUUCCCAAGCAUUAGGAGUUGAGUUCCCAAGUCUAUGCCCCAGCGUAGGGCUGCCCGUCAGCCACAAUGAGCGCCUCGAUCCUCAACAUCCAGCGCGACAUCAUUCUGAACACCAUCCGUUAUGCGGCGGGGAACGAGUGGAAGGUUCUCGUCGUGGAUGAGACCAGUCGGAAAUUAAUCGACAAUGCUGUCAGCGAAGAUGACAUUCUCAACCUCAAUGUUACCAAUGUUGAGCAGAUCGAGCAUCGGCGUCCCACAAACACCUCCAUGGAUGCGCUGUAUAUCCUCUCCCCCCUUCCGCAUAUAGUCGACUGUUUAAUGGCCGAUUUCGAGCGAAAGAGAUACAAGAAAGCAUGGCUGGUUUGGACCUCCUUUCUCGAUCCACAACAACGAGCUAGACUAGACCGGUCGCAGCAGGCGCGCGAUAAUAUUGCCAAUGUUCAGAUUAUGAAUGCCGACUAUUUUCCCCGCGAAGCGCGCAUCGUUACUUUUCGAGAUCCAUGGAGCUUCCCAGUCUUGUUCCACCCAGGUUGCAACCAUUUGAUACGCGCACAUUUGGAAGGGCUGGCUCAGAAGAUUGUGUCGCUCUGCGCAAGUCUAGGAGAAUAUCCGAUCAUCCGGUACUAUCGGCCCAGGACACCGACCCAUGAGGCAAGCGUACUGUGCUCACACCUGGCCCGCUUCAUUCAAAAUGAAUUGGAUCAAUUUGCACAAUUUCAGCGAGACUUUCCACCUCCUUCGCCUCGGCCUCGAGGAGUUCUCCUCGUUGUAGACCGCUCGGUGGACGUCAUAGCGCCUCUUCUGCAUGAGUUCACUUAUCAAUCCAUGGUACAUGAUCUCCUUCCCAUCAAUGAUGGGGAUAAGGUCACGUAUAAGACCGUCAUCAACGAGGGGGGCGCCAACCAAGAGAUCAAGGAUAUGGAGAUCAAUGAGCAGGACAACGUGUGGGUUGAGUACCGACAUAUGCAUAUGAAAGACGUCUUGGGCAAGCUGGGCGAAGAUUUUGCCAAAUUCCGGGCAGCCAACCCUCAGUUUGCGGAAGACAACAACAAAGCGAAUGUGAACACGAUCAAGGAUAUGCUUGCGGGCCUGACUGAAUUUCAGCAGGGUCGCGACGCAUACACUCUCCAUUUGAAUAUGGCACAAGAGUGUAUGAAGUACUUCCAGGACCAUAAAUUAUUAGAAGUCAGCUCUGUCGAACAAAGCCUGGCAACCGGCAUGGAUGAGAACUACAAGAAGGCCAAGCACUUGGGCUCACAAAUUGUUCAACUUCUGGAUGAUGAAGCGACUAGACAGCCCGAACGUCUGAGACUGCUACUACUCUAUAUCAUUUAUCGGGGCGGGCUGCUAGCUGGAGACAUCCGCAAGCUCAUGGCACAUGCGCAACUUCCACCGCAGGACGGGGAGGUUAUAUCCAAUCUGGAUUUACUUGGUGUGCGUGUAGAGAAGCCAUUGAAGGAUGAUAAGCCUCCUGUGCAGCCGCUUUUCAUCCGGAAGCCUCCGCCUGCAACAGACAUGGAAGAGGAAAGCCUUACUCGAUAUGAUCUGAACCUCAAGCUGAUAUUGGAGGAUCUCGUGCGCGGUACACUCGACACGACGGUCUUCCCUCCUACACGCCCACACACCGAAGGCGAGGGCCCGGGCCAGCAGGACGCUCUAGCGCAAGCGUCACUACGAAGUGCCAAACCCACGUGGGCGCGAACCCGCACGACCGGCGAGCAGCCUCGACAGCGCAUUAUUGUCUUCAUGGCGGGCGGUGCAACUUAUGGCGAAGCUCGUACAUGCUACGAAAUAUCGCAGGCACAUGCCAAAGACGUCUACCUUGCCACCUCUCACAUGCUCUCGCCGGGACUAUUCCUGCGACAGAUCGGCGAUCUCAGCGUCGACCGACGACGGCUGGACAUUCCGGCCGAGCGGCCGAAACCUACGGCGCCUGCUCAUCUCUUCGAGAAGGAAGCGCCCCCGACACCGCAACCCCAGACGAAAACGCCCGUCGCGCCGGCACCCCCUUCGGCAGCCAUGGCUUCGAUGUCCCUGGGACACAAAGCUCCCAGUGGAGGGCCGACUGCCCCAACCCCGGCUCCUACGAGCUCCAAGCUACACAAAGAGCAUAAGGAGAAGGAGAAGAAGGAGAAGAAACGUCACCACUUUUUUCGCUGAGCCUUUCGCCUCUUGUUUAAGUAGCCGCCCUCGACUGGCACAUAUGUGAUCUAAUAUAGCGCGGCUGUGAUACCAAGUUCAUCUGUCUCUGAUUUCUGAGCGACAACAGCGGAAUUCCAAGCUCGGGACAAUCUCCGGACCUGCAUAUUGCUGGAUUGAUAAUUUCAGCAGAACCAAGUGUACAUUCAAACAAUUGAAAUCC